GGCGCAGCAUCGCAAGCCGCGGCUCCGAGCCACGUGUCCAAGAAACGGCAGGUGCGCGGCGCGCGCCCGGAUAAUUCCCGCAGCCGGGCCUCCGUCGCCAUGGCGACGCGCCGUAAAUGAAAGCUGCUCGAGCGGCCCGACGUCAGCGUGACGUCGCGCUCGGAAAAGUUCGGCUACUCUCGUUGACCAAAUAUGGGCAGCGCUCCGGCGGGGAGACACGGCUGCGGCCAGCAUGCGAUUUACGCUGGCCCCAGGGGGCUGCCCGGGGUUCUAAGCUCGAAUCGGGGCCGUUAAAUCGGCGGCUGCGGCCGGAAAGUGCCGCCUGGCACCGUCAGCGCGGACCCCGAGCAGCUAGCGGCUGCGCGGGAGACCCUUUAAACAUCAUAAGGUGGCGCAGUGAAUGAAGCCAACGUCACAGCGACGUCAGGCGCUUGGCGCGCCGCGAUUGGCUGCGGGGGGUUCCGGCUCGCCAAAUAAGGCAGCGGGGCUCCCCGGGGCCCAUUCAUACGGCGGCGGCGGCCCGCGAGUGCGUACGUCGCAGACACACGGAUGGGGACUCCCUAGCCGUCAUGACGAUGGACGGCCUGGACACGCUGUCUCGCGACUGCCUCCAGUUCAACCUGAGUUUCGAAUCGUUCAAGGCGACUGGCGCCAGCGGCCUCGCGCCACCCGAGGGCUCCGACGACCCGCUCAACACGCCCGUGUCCACGACCGCCGAGCUGAUCACCUUCUUCGCCACCGAUGCGGUCAUCCCCGACCCCGUGCCCAUCUCAGGUGAGCCGGCCCACCGCUGGCCAGAGAGACCAGCCAGCCCACUUCGCGAUGCGGAGCAGCCAAAGGACCCGUACGGCCGGCUCGCCUACCGCGGCACUUUCACCACCGCUUGGCCUGGCCCCGACGCGGCGCCGUUCUUCGAGCAGCCCGAGCCUUUCCCUCCGCUCGAUUCGUUCAAAGCCGCCCCGUACACGGCAGAGACCGAGCCGGCAAAGUACCCCUGGUUCGCCUACGAACACGCCGCACCCCCGGCACCACCCUCCUCGUCAUCGUCGUCGGCGGCGGCCAAGCCCGAGGAGCCGUCGGCGACACUGGCAGAGUACAACCAGGCUACCAGCAAGGGCCACGAAAUCCUGAGCCAGGCGUACCAGAACAGCCCGGUGCCACUCAAGCUGGUGCCCGUGAAGCCCCGAAAGUACCCCAACCGGCCGAGCAAAACGCCAGUGCACGAGAGGCCGUACGCGUGCCCCAUUGAGGGCUGCGACCGGCGGUUCUCGCGCUCCGACGAGCUGACGCGCCACAUCCGCAUCCACACGGGACAGAAACCGUUCCGCUGCAACAUCUGCCUGCGCUCCUUCUCUCGAUCCGACCACCUCAACACGCACAUUCGGACUCACACGGGCGAAAAGCCCUUCACCUGCGAUGCGUGCGGCCGAAAGUUCGCGCGCUCCGACGAGCGAAAACGACACGGGAAAGUGCAUCUCAAGCAUCGGCUCAAGAAGGAGGACCACCCGUGAACGCCGCGCCACCCCUGUACAUAGUGCUCUGUACAUAACCCGACCCCAUCUCUCAUCUCCCCGAAUAAAACAGUGCGCAUCGA